AUGGUCCUUCCUCUCCUCCUCCUACUCCUCCUCCUCCCAGCUUCCUCCCCUCAACCCCUCCUCAACCCAAACUCUUCCCAACCCGAUCCCAAUCCCAUCUCCGCCUCCCACCCCUCCCAAUGCCUUACCGGCAACCCCAUUGACGACUGCUGGCUCUGCUCCCCCGCCGACCGCUUCCGCCUUGCAGACUGCGCUAUCGGCUUCGGCCGCUCCGCCAUCGGCGGUAAAAACGGCCGCCUCUACAUCGUCACGGACCCCUCCGACUCCGAUCCCGCCAACCCCAUCCCCGGCACUCUCCGCCACGCCGCCAUCCAAUUCGCCCCCCUCUGGAUCAUCUUCUCCACCUCCAUGUCCAUCCAGCUCAAGCAAGAACUCCUCGUAAACAGCUUCAAAACCAUCGACGGCCGCGGCGUCGAGGUCCACAUAGCCGGCGGCUCCUGCAUCGCCAUCAAAAACGUUUCCAAUGUGAUCAUCCACAACCUCCACAUCCACGACUGCGUCCCCGCCGGUGACGCUGUGAUCCGAUCCUCGCCGAUCGAAGCCGAUCACCACGGCAAAUCGGACGGCGAUGCGAUCUCGAUCGUCAGCUCGCAGGACGUAUGGGUCGAUCAUUGCGCGCUCUCUAGUUGCGCGGACGGGUUGAUCGAUGUGACCAGGGGAUCUACGAGGGUUACAAUUUCGAACAAUUUCUUCUCGCGGCACGAUAAGGUGAUGCUUCUCGGCCACAGCGACGAUUACACGGGGGAUUCCGAGAUGCAGGUAACUGUCGCGUACAACAGAUUUGGGGAGAAGCUGGUGCAGAGGAUGCCGCGCUGCAGGCACGGCUACUUCCACGUCGUUAACAACGAUUAUACAGAGUGGGAGAUGUACGCAGUCGGGGGGAGUGCGAAUCCUACCAUUAACAGCCAAGGGAAUCGCUACACAGCUCCCGCCGACCCAAAUAACAAGGAGGUGACGGAGAGAAUAGACACUGCAGAGGAACAAUGGAGCAGCUGGAACUGGAGGUCGGAUGGGGAUAUAAUGGCUAACGGCGCCUUCUUCGUGCCGUCGGGAGACGGAUCGGCGGCCAUGUACGAGAAAGCGUCGAGCGUUGAGGCUAAACCUGCCGAGCUCAUCGACCAACUCACCCUCAACGCCGGCGUGCUAGGUAGACUAAAAAGGGACGGCGGCGGACAAAUCCUUGGUGGUGGUGGUGGUGGUGGCGGAGGUGGUGGAGGACUCGGAGAUUCGAAGUUUCCGGGAAUGGGGUUCAGCGGCGGUGCGCCACCACCAUUGUUUGAGCUUUUUGAAUCUUGGAGUGGACAGAGGCUUAGUGAAAAUGUCGGCCACCUGAUCUUCUGUUUUGAUCGGAACAAGCUUCAGAUGCUGAUUUUGAAUGUUUUCCCGAACAAAUCUGUGAUCAAUCUCUAUGUGCUUGGUACGAGCGUGAUAAACGGGAUUUGUGGAAAGAGCAAUAGCGAAAGUAUUGUCGCAGUGCAGGGCUACCGGAUUGUUGUGUGCUAUGCCGAAGUCGGAGAGCAGCCGCUUGAGCCAUAUUGUAUCUGCGACGGCGGAAGCAAGAGCUCUAUAUUCAGACUCUGUUGA